GUGCCGGGCCCACGGCCCGCGGGACAACGGCAGCUUGUUGGGGCCGCGUGGGGCCGCCACUCUGGAGGUGGGGGCGGGGGCGCUCCCCCAAUCCUGGCACCGGCAGGCGCAGGCGGUUGGAGGGGACGUCGCCCAGAGCCCCCCGGCCGGCCCACACACCCCCGUCCCCUUUCCGGCUCUACCGGGACCUCCCUGCGGGCCCCGGGGCAAAGCACCCAACUUCUCCCCCUCGGCUUCUAGCAGAAGCGGGACGAGGCUGGACUUUGAUCGCCAAGGGCUCUCUGCUCUGCAGAGUCUGCUUGGAACCGGAUAAGUGGAAUCAAAAUUACAAGGGCCAUGGAUUGUCAAAGGGAAAAGAGCGAGAGCAGGGAGCACCAAUCCGGUUCAAGACCGCCCUCAUGAACACACUCAUGGAUGUCCUUCGCCACAGACCAGGAUGGGUGGAAGUGAAGGACGAAGGGGAGUGGGAUUUCUACUGGUGUGAUGUCAGCUGGCUCCGGGAGAACUUUGACCACACCUACAUGGACGAACACGUUCGGAUCAGUCACUUCCGGAACCACUACGAGCUGACCCGCAAGAACUACAUGGUGAAGAACCUGAAGCGGUUCCGGAAGCAGCUAGAACGUGAGGCGGGAAAGCUGGAGGCAGCCAAGUGCGACUUCUUCCCCAAAACCUUUGAGUUGCCGUCCGAGUACCACCUGUUUGUGGAGGAGUUUCGCAAAAACCCAGGAAUCACCUGGAUCAUGAAGCCUGUAGCCCGGUCGCAGGGGAAAGGCAUCUUCCUCUUCCGCAGGCUGAAGGACAUCAUGGACUGGAGGAAGGACACAAGAAACUCUGAUGACCAGAAAGAUGAUAUUCCUGUGGAGAACUACGUGGCUCAGCGUUACAUCGAAAAUCCCUACCUGAUAGGAGGCCGCAAGUUUGACCUGCGUGUCUACGUGCUGGUGAUGUCGUAUAUCCCGCUGCGGGCCUGGCUCUACCGGGAUGGCUUUGCCCGAUUCUCCAACACCCGCUUCACACUGAACAGCAUAGACGACCAGUAUGUUCACCUUACCAACGUUGCUGUGCAAAAAACGUCUCCUGACUACCACCCAAAGAAGGGCAGCAAGUGGAUGCUGCAGCGCUUCCGGCAGUACUUGGCUUCCAAACACGGGCCCCAGGCGGUGGAAACGCUCUUCAGGGACAUGGACAACAUCUUCAUCAAAAGCUUGCAGAGUGUGCAGAAGGUGAUCAUCAGUGACAAGCACUGCUUCGAGCUGUACGGCUACGACAUCCUCAUCGACCAGGACCUCAAACCGUGGCUCCUAGAGGUCAAUGCAUCCCCAUCACUGACAGCCAGCAGCCAGGAAGACUAUGAACUCAAGACCUGUCUCCUGGAAGACACCCUGCAUGUCGUGGACAUGGAAGCAAGGCUCACGGGAAGGGAGAAGCGAGUCGGGGGCUUUGACCUCAUGUGGAAUGAUGGCCCGGUUAGCAGAGACGAGGGGCCUCCUGACCUGUCGGGAAUGGGAAACUUUGUGACCAACACACACCUCGGCUGCGUCAACGAUCGGAAAAAACAGCUGAGGCAGCUCUUCUGCUCCCUUCAAGUCCAGAAGAAAGCUUCCAAUUGAUCCCCAGCUGCCAGAAGGAAAUCAGCCUUGGCAGGUACCACCCAGGCCUCCCCCCGACUCCCAGAUCCCAGCACCUCACAGCACUCGCCUCCCUACCUCCAGCCUGGCACCAGCUUUGCUGGCUUAGCAGCUGCAGCUUCCUACUUGAAUUAGGCCCCUUGGAUACCUCCAGCCCGUCCCCAGGCAUCUUUGCACCACGAGACAGCCAAUCCCUGGGACUGGAGGGGUUUUAACCUUGACAGACUGACUCGGCAACUGGGCCUGAAGAGAACAAAUACAGCAGUUCUGCUACCCCUGAGAGAUCAUAUCUAAUAAAUAAGCACAAGCC